GUAGGUGUCACAUUUCCAGAAGCUCAAGGCUGGAUCUGUGCUCCUGGGAUCCAGAAAAAUAAUCUGCCAGCAAGAAAAAGCAUGACAAGAAGGGAGAGAAGGAGACAACAGAAGGCAAUGCUGGGGGCCAAGCUUGUGUGCAGUUCAUAGACCAGACUCUGUAAUGCUGAUAUAAACCCGAACAGAACUAUUGUAGAUCAGAAGACAUCUUACAGUGGAAUUUUAAGAAUUGUGAAGGCUGAUACACAAUGUGGUCUACUGUAGCUAAAUAUUUAUUACGGAGCAAACUCCACUUCUCUGUAGCACACACAACACUAAAAGUCCAAAGGAACAAAUGUUCUCCUUGUAGUUCUCUUCUGUAUGUCUCUCGCUGGCAGCAUAGUGCUCCUGUAUAUGAACAGGCUUGUCUCUCUGAGACCAUGAUUCGGAACGUGGAGACUUUGGAUGCUCAGCGCUUUGUCUGUGUGCACUGGGAAGAUGGAGGACAAAGUCACUACCCAUAUGUGUGGCUGAGAGAUAACUGCCAGUGCCCCGAAUGCUUCCUUCUCUCUGCAAAGGCAAGAAGACUCCCGAUUGAGAAUUUGGAUGUGAACACCGGUCUAAGAACAGUCAAUCUGACUGACACAAAUAAGGUGUCUAUCACAUGGCCGGAUAACCACCAAAGUGAAUUCGAUCCCAAAUGGCUGAAAAAGAGAUGUUUCUCUAAAGAGUCAAGAGCAGAAAUGCAAGAGGAACUCUUUCUUCAAGAACAUCAGUACUGGGGAAAUGAUCUGAAAAUUCCUACCCUGUCCUAUGAAGACGUCCUGCGCUGUGAUCGAACAGCUUACGAGUGGCUCUGCACCCUGCGGAAAGUGGGAAUUGUGCUGUUGGAAGGUGCACCUGUGAAGCAGGGAGAAUUGGCUACAUUUGGCAAAAGGAUAGGCUACAUGAAGCAUACUUUUUAUGGAUACACCUGGCAAGUUCAAGAUAAGAUUGACGCAAAUAACGUUGCCUACACAUCUGGAAAACUAAGCCUUCAUACUGAUUACCCGGCUCUCCAGUAUCCUCCAGGGGUGCAAUUUCUUCACUGUUUAAAACAAGCUGAAAAUGGAGGUGAGAGUGAACUGGUAGACGGGUUUUACGUGUGCAACAAACUGAAAAAACAGAACCCAGAAGCAUUCGACAUCCUCACAUCAACACAGAUCGACUUCACAGACACUGGGGUUGAUUAUUGUGAUUUCUCCCUCCAGUCCAAACAACGGAUUAUAGAGUUAGAUGCUAACCGUAGCCUUCUACGGAUUAAUUUCAACAAUGCAACAAGGGACUCGGUUCUCGAUAUACCAGUUGAAAUGGUGCAGCCGUUUUACUCUGCCUUGAAGGAGUUUGUGGAUUUGUUAAAUCAACCAGAAAAUACUUUUCAUUACAAAAUGAAACCAGGUCAAGUGGUGACAUUUGACAACUGGCGGAUCUUGCAUGGAAGGAAAAGCUACGAAUCAGGUGCAGGAAUCUCACGUCAUCUGGAGGGCUCCUACCUGGACUGGGAUGUGGUGAUGUCCAGACUGAGAGCCCUGAAGAGCAAGUUGCAGAACUCAAGUUGAUUCUCGUCUAUAUUACUGUACACACAAAUGCAUAUUGUAUUAUAUAGUAUGUAACGAUAUCAUGAUUAUAUAGUUCUAUAUUAGCACUGACUGUAGUUGUAAAUUAUUUUAACAAGUAACAUUAUCCUCAGGUUAUUAUUAUAAUGUUUCCUAUAGUGUACACCUCCCUACCGAUUAUACCUUUAUCACUAUUGCAUCUCUGCUUGUAUUUCUUUGGAGCAUGGAGAAGAUGUAUCAGUUCCAGUGCAAUGCAAAAGUGGAACAAUUGCCCAUAGACAUCAAUCAGGUCACCACUAUCAUUCCUCAAGGAACUUUGAAAAAUGAGAGCUAGAAUCUAUCUGGCUGCCAUGGGAAACUGCUACAUUUUUCCUUACACCCAAUCAAUCUCCCUAAUAAAAAACAUAACAGAUAUGAUAGAUUAAUAAUUCACAAAUUACUGGAUUCUACUGUAAUUCAAUUUUCCAUUAAUUCCCUCUGUUUCACGUGCCCAAAACAUGCCUCCUAGGUCCUUUAAAGGGAAUGUGUCCACAGAAAAUGGCCUAUUGGACAAAUCACAUUUUUGUUAAAGGGGUUGUCUCACCUCCAACAUUGUCUCCUAAAGUAAACAGGUGUGCGCCGCACACGCGCGGCCAACCUCUAUUCAUUUCUAUCGGAGUGGCGAAAAUAGCCGAGCACUGGCUCUUCUAUUUCCAGCAGUUCCAUAGUGGUGAAUAGAGCAGUGGCCGCGCUUGCAUGAUGUGUUCUCCAUCCAUUUCAAUGGGGCUUCUGAUAAUAGCCAGUGCUCCCGUACUAGGGAUAGGUGGAGGUCCUACCUAUCCAUUCACCAAGCCACCGGUCAAUUCACAGAUGCAUGCGCGGCUAUUUUCAUAGUGGUGAACAGAGGGUGGCUACACAUGCACAGCUGCUUUCCAUUCACUACGAGGACCCCAUUCUGUAGACAGGAUUAGGCCCCAGAGGUGGAACCCGCACCUAUCUGACAUUGGUGGCAAAUCCUAGCGACACGCCACCAAUGUUUGAGGUGAGACAACCCUUUAAACCAUUUUUUUUAUAAUAUUUGGUGAGUUUUUAUUUUCUCCAUGCCACUAUCUAUAUUUUAAAAAAUUGUAUAUAAUCCUGCAAUUUCCAUUCUGACCACUAGGCCUAAUAAAUUUAAAGAUUUCCUGUCUGUUGAGAGCAGCUACAUGGGCCAUAGACACAAUGGACAGGAGGGGACAGGACCUCAUUGACCUAUAUAGGAGAGUUUUCUAGGCAAGCUCUGUGACCUGUGCAGAGGUCAGGAGGAAGCUAAGCAGCUGUGAUAUCAUAUAUUGUAAAUGGUGGAUUCUAUGUUAUCUAUAAAUAGGCGAUAUCUGUCAUUGUAAUCCUGCCUGUUGUGAUAAUAAUAAUGGCGACUGAAAAGUCACCUGUAUGGAACAGGAAACCAUGACCUAUUAUUAGACCUAGUGGCCAGUGUGAAAAUUGCAGGAUUAUAUACAUUUUUUUUAUUAAUAUAGAUAGUGACAUAGAAUAAAAAUGGGGGAAAAAAAUCACCAAGAAUUUGAAAAAAUAGGUUUAACAUAAAAAUGGGAUUUAAACAAUUGGUUAUUUUUCUGAUGGCACAGUCCCUUGAAGACUAUAAGUGUAGCUUAUAGGAGAUGCAGAGGUAGCAGUUGUUCUCUGGGCCCUGGUGACUCUGUGUCUCCUGCCACAAGACGACUCAAAAAUUAUAAAGGGCACAUGCGGGGUCUAUAACAGAACCUGCAUUGGAGACCAGGAGCUUCAAGUUAUGCCUCAGAGGUUUCAUGACAACCAUCAGAUGGGAUAGUUUCAGAUUGGGGUUUUAAGCUGGUAGAAUUCACUGUUUUGAUGUUAGGACUAAAAAAUUGAUCCAUCAUGAUCUGUCUCAAUCUUUUUUUAUCAUUAAAGUCAAUGAG